UAUAUAUAGCAAAUAUAAGACAUCAUCCGAGAUUGUUUUAGAAAUUAUAAGUGUAUAAAAACAUUACAUAUUUGGAUUUUUAAUUGUCAGAUAUCAAAAGUAAACAGACGUAUAAGCAAGGUACGAAAAAGAAAAUUUUGGACUAUGUUAAGCAACAAUAGUUUUAAUUAGUAUUUAUUUCUGUUAUAAGUAACGGACAUAAUCGCACAAAUAUUUGACAAUUUUAUUAAUCAGUUUUUUUAUUUAAUCUUUACUGAAAAUAUCUGAAUGUUAGAUAAAACUACAGAAAAAGAUGGAAAAUUUAAAAUAAGGCAUUGGUCAAUCGUAAAUUUCACAGACAAACAGAAAGAAGUGUGAAAGUAUCAGACUGACGGACAAAAUGGAAGAAGCUAUGCGAGUCACGGGAGAAACCCUGACAAAGAAGCAAGUCAGAGUUCUCAAAGACACGUUCAGAUUGAUAGAUUGUAAUUCUGAUGGACGGAUAUCAGAGUCAGAACUGAAGAGAGCCUGUAGCAAAAUGGGAAUAUUCCUCACUAAAGAUGAACUUGCAGAAAUAAUAGCUGAAGCCGACAUCGACGGCAGUGGGUACAUUGAAUACAAUGAGUUUGAGAGGUUGGUAGGACAUCAGCUUAUCAUUGCGAAUUACAAGAACAAACAACUGAAAGAUGCAUUUAGUAAAUUUGAUAAAGACGGGGACGGUUACAUAACUGCAACCGAAAUAAAAGCUGCGUUUGGAGAAUCAGGUGUAUAUUUAGAUGAUGAAGAAGUUGCCGAACUUGUUGCAGAAGCAGACGAGAACGGUGACGGUGUUAUAAGUUUUGAAGAAUUUGUAAGUACUGUCUGUGAAAAAGAUUGGUAACGGCAUUAAAACAUGUAAAACAAGAUACAUUUGGAUGACUAUUGUUUCAGCAGUUGGGUAUACAUACUGUCUCUUGGACUUAUCCCUGAAAAUUGUAGAAGAACUGCAUUUGUUUUUACACCGGUCAUCAGAUAAAACUAUUCGUUAUGUGUUGAAAUGCAAUUAAAAGCAGAUCCUAAAUAACGUUACACGGUAAAGCAUUAAAGGAUCUGAACUUA